AUGUACAUACAUACACAGACACAUGUACACACACACACACACACACACAGACACAUGUACACACACACACACACACACAUGUACAUACACACAGACACAUGUACACACACACAGACACAUGUACACACACACACACAUGUACAUACACACAGACACAUGUACAAUUGUACAUGCAUACACAGACACCGGGUACUGCACUCUAGGGGGAGGCAGAGAGCACAGCACACACUCCUUGCUUUGCUUUCACUGCGCUCAGCUAUUGAGCAGUCUGAUGGCUCCCAGUGCCAAUGACAGAUCCGGCCUGAGCUCCGAGCCUGCUCAGCAAGAUGGCACUGGGGGGCACACUCGCCCCCACCAUAGUUUCCACUCGCCAUUGGCAAGCAGGUGAGUUGAAAUUUCAAGCCCUGAUAUAA